AUGUGCGAUCAAGGACCUCUUGUGCGCAGUCUUGCAGUACUGAUGUUCACUGUGACGUUGGUAUCAGCAUAUCAUGUUGAAGGUGAUGAGGAACCUGUUAAGUUUAGUCCCACAAUCUCGACAUUCCCACCAGUGGACGUGCCCUAUGAGCCGCGUAAAUUGUUGCACUCUCUGGAGAGUCUCCAUCAGAUACUUGGAAUUCUAUUGGCUGCCUUGGUAAUCCUCAUUGUAUCUGGAUCCAAGGCCAGUGGUGCCGCUGUGCUGAAUGCAGUCUAUAUAUUGGUGCUCAAGAUGGGACCAGAUGCGGCUAUUCCGCUAACGAGUGUGUCCAUUUUCGGGGGAGCUGUUUGUGACUUUAUGCUGAACCUAUGGAAGAAAUCGAUCAAUUCGAAUUCCUCGCUGAUUGACUGGGAUUUUAUCCUAAUUAUGCAGCCAAUGUUACUCCUUGGAGCUAGCUUUGGAGCAUCGUUAAUCACGUGGUUCUCUGCUUGGCUGCUUAUUAUUGCGCUGAUCAUGUACCUAGCAUAUAUUGGCAAGGAAGCGCUAAAGAAAAUACGUGCAGUAAGCCAUGAUGAGGGAUGGCGGUGGUGCAGCAGCGGUGAAUCGAUGUCGUUACUAGGUGCACCAUCAAUGAGCUUUCAGGAAGAUGACGGUAACUUCCAGUACAAGGCCAGUCUCCCUUGGCGUAAGUUGGGACUUAACUUCGGCGUCUUCGCUGUCACGGUGCUGCUUACAGCACUACAGGGUGGACAAAACUUUCCGAGCCCGCUCGGUAUUCCUCCGACGUCCUUCUUCUUCUUGUUCGUCUCCAUGUUGCCAUUUAUUUUUCUCUCGGUCGUCUCGCACUACCAGAUGAAAGAAGUUGUGGCGACGCACCAGAGACAGCAAAAUCCACGAUUCGUCCUUGCGCCGAAUGAAGUCCAGUGGUCACCGGACUCCAUCAGGAAGUUUCCUCUUCGUCUACUAGGAAUUGGAGCGCUUGGAGGAGCAUUUGGCGUCGGAGGUGAAGAGGCGACGUGGGAUUUGUUGCGUAAAGUCAAUUUUACUCCAGCUGCGGUGUCGGCCAUGUCAGCUACUGCUGUGUUCUUUGUCAGUGGCAUGGCGUCAUUCGACUUUUUCCUUUGGGGCAAAUUGGACCUGCACUUGGCCAAGCUAUUGAUGCCUCUAGGUUUCAUGAUGACUCUUUUCGGCCGUUUGUGUCUGGCAAAACUCGUUCACAAGGCCAAAUCCCGCACUCUGCUGCUUUUUGCCAUUACCGCGGCGAUGUUUAUCAGCAUCGUUCCCCUCAGUUUAAUGGUGCUCCGAGCACUUUUUGGCUUGUAA